CCAAGAACCACCACAGAAUUGAGAGAUGUGCGUGGAAUUUCCCGUCCGCAUGUACAACAGAAGGAAACGAGCGAAAUCUGAGAUAAAUAUAGUAAAACGGAAGGAAACGUCCAAAGAGCCUUGCAACUAAUGAAGAAGGCACUUAUCUGCUCAAGGUGUCUCCAAAACGGUAGGCUACGGCACCAUUUGCCACCAGAAGGCACUUAUAUGUGCGAUGUCCAUGUUUCAACAAGGCAAACUAUCACAGAAACCCCUUUAUGCCAUGGUCGUGGAAUCCUCUUGACAACGUGACGUCGUUGAAGUUGUGUGGUUGAAGCGACAGGGACCCCUGACUACAAAGCACGCUAGUCCGGCUGCCAAACCCAUGGCAAUUCAUCUGACUCCUGAGGGCGCAAACAGAUAGAUUCUCUACCCGUGGAUGGAUAUCUUGUUUUAAUCAGAAUGAAUUGUUGGCCAUCUCAUGCCAUAUUGUAAAUAUUUUAAGCCUCGGGCGCUUUAAUUGUUGAUGGAUUCCAUGGAUGUCGCACAUGCGGAUAAAGGGCUGGCCCGAAAGAGGAGACGGAACAGGCCCCCUGUUUCCUGCAACCACUGCCGGAUCAGAAAACUGAAAUGCAAUCGAGUGCAACCAUGCGGGGCUUGCUCCAAAUCUGGGGAUGCCACCACAUGCCACUUUGAGUCCCGCGGCACCAACAGAGACGACCAAAUCGUCAUGGAUAGAACUACGAAAAAUGCUUUAACUGCUCGUAUUAACAAACUAGAGUCUAUUUUACGGUCUGUCAUGGGGGAAAAAGACCAAACCCCUCAGUCCGAUGACUCGAGUCACGUGGAUGAUCGGGAAUUUGAUGGCAUUACUGAGUCUUUAGGGGCUAUGAAAGUUGAUAAGUUGAACAAUACCGAGUACCUUGGUUCUUCACACUGGGUAUCAAUAUUGGCUGAGAUUGACGAAAUCCGCAUGUUCUUUGCGUCAAACCACGAAGACUAUGAGCGCAAUGCCUUAAAAUAUAAGGAACGUUCAUGGGAUGCCAAAGGCAGAUCGGGUCUACUUCGCGGGACAGGCAUCAAAGUUAGCCAAGAAGAGCUCGUUGCUCAAUUACCUCCGAGAGCUGUAGUCGACAUACUUGUUGAUCGUUACUUCAGUGUCUAUUCCUGGAUAAUGCCUAUAAUACACGAACGUACAUUUCGUAAAGAGUAUAAAGCUUAUUGGGAUGAUCCUACGCAACGGCGAAUCGUGUGGCUUGGGCUUAUGUUUGCCAUGCUGCACCUAGCAGAACUAUCUUAUGGAGACCCGACUGAAAUGCCACCAGUCUUGGCUGAUGCUCUUCGCACUCCUUGGGAAUUUGGAAAGCGCACAGUCGAAUGCCUCCUAGCGGCGGAUUAUACCAAUCCCGUCCAUUAUACGAUUGAAACUCUGAUGUUAUAUAUCCAGGUCGAAUGGAUGACCGCUCAGGAUACUGGCAUGGAAGGCUAUCUAGUACUUGGCGUCACCAUCCGUCUGGCCAUGCGAAUGGGAAUACAUCGCAACGCAAGCGACCAUCGAAGACUCAGUCCGUUCCUAGGAGAAAUGCGCAGUCGACUAUGGGCCGUCAUACUCCGCACCGAUCUCCUCUACUCAUUCAAGCUAUCAUUUCCCACCACGAUUCGCAGAUGCGACUACACCUGCGCGAUGCCACGAAAUAUCUCCGACGACGACUUCGACGAUACUACAACAGAGCUCCCACCUUCUGAGGCUUUGGAGGAAGCAACAGAAGCUUCCUACACAAUAGUCAAAGGAAGACUCAUACUUGUUCUGAGUGAUAUCAUUGAACUCAUAGGAUCCCGUACUAAAAUCCAGCGCGAAGACCUCCAAAAACACGACGAAGCUCUUUUAGAAGCCAGAGAGCUGAUACCUCGGUAUCUCCGUGUCCAACCAUUUACCCCCACGGCCAGCGACACAGCAACUGCGAAGCUACAGCGAUCACGCAUCGAUGUUGACAGCGUGUAUCAUCUAGGCCGUUGUCUCCUGUACAGGAAAUUCGUACCACAAGCCCGUCGUUACCCAGCAGCGAUCGAAUACCGCGAUAACUGCAUAGACGCUGCCAUGAUCUUGCUAAGCCAUCAAGCUGCACUAGUCUUGGACCACGGCGCUACCUGCCCGCGGAAUGUCCAGAAACGACACUUCCACAGGCUAACGACGCACGAUUUCUUUCUUGCUGCGAUAAUAGUCGCGCUGGACUUAUACGCCGAAGUUCAACACGGUGCCAGUGGCCAGAUAUCAAGUGAUGCUUCUCGUUGGGGCUCUAAUCGAAAAUUCGAGAUGGUGGGUGCGCUGGAGACGGCCAUUGGGUUCUGGAGGCUCGGGAAGGAUGAGUCUGCGGAUGCUGCCAAGGCGUAUGGAGUGUUCUCAUUCGUACUGGAUAAGGUAAAGGCAACGCAAUGGCCAGUCGCGGAAGGGGGAGACCAAAAGGUUCAACUGAACAAUGAUGUUGUGCAUCAUCUGGAGCCGGUCGUCUUGCCGCAGGAGCGGGUCACCGAGACCGUACCAGAUGUUACAGGCUUUGAAUGGGGUAUGUGGAAUGGUAAUUGGAACGCCGUCGACGAUUACUCGACGCUCCUCCAAUGGCCACCAGUAAGCACUUUCGACAACAAUGCAGUACUCCAAUAAGGAGCUACUAGUUUCCACGAUCCCCUGCACAAUCUGGGAUAUGAAUUUUUGACCACUGAGAAAGCAUCCCAAGCGAAGCACCGGCACAAACGCGGAUCCUACGACAGAAAAAUGAGGCGUUCCUGGAUUCUAGCAUGGAUCACACGGCAAGGGGGAGUGACUGGCGUCGCCUCGCCUUGCAGCGCAGAUUCAGGCACAAGCGAGGGAGGCCGGAUAGUGGCAUCCGCAUACCAACCGCCGCCGAUACCAACGCCGACGUCCUCCGAAGGAUUCGGUCAGUGAGCACGUCCACCACGAGGUUUCUAGAGAUCACAGGAUCUUGCCCGACUGUUUCGGACCCUGAAGGCUGGGAUAUUUCCCGAAUGAUGGGCUAGGUGAGACAUCGCUAUCUUAGCAUGACCUCUAUUUAAAGACAUGGAUUGAUCUAGAGCUUUCUAUAUAGCGGCUAGAAAUGAUGGCUGGGGGGGCUUCUCCAAUAUAAUGCACCCCGAAGUUUAUUACGGCCCAGUGCUUCCAUGGUUUAGUGUCAUUUUAUAUAUCUAGGGCACGAGUGCUGCAAAUUUUAUAGAUGUCAGAAGGUCAUGAAUGAUGUUUCAGACCCUGAUGGCUGGGAGUUUUGUGAAUGAUGGGGAGGUAAGACAUGGAUGUCUCACUGUGAUCUCGAUUUUGAAGAUGAGUUUCAAGAAAUUACAUAUUCUAGAAUAGAGAUGGCUGGGGUGUUUACUUUAAUUCACUGUUCUGCGAGUUUGACUGCAGUAUGAUGAUCUAAUGACCAAAUGCCUCAUGCAUCAGAAUUAUGCAUCAGAGCACAAGACGCUUCCACCGAGCUCAUUAUCAGGCAUGGCAGCAGGACUCAGGUGUAGUUCGCAU